AUGAGCCACGCCAGACCUCGCUAUGUCAUCGAACGUCCAGCAUAUUCGGUCAGCCUCUUCGACGAGGAGUUUGAGAAGAAAAGCAGAAGUUAUCCAAUUGGGGAAAAACUGAAAAACCUUUUCAGAUGUUCAGCUUCCAGAUUCAAGCUCAUCCUCUUCAGCCUGUUCCCAAUCCUUGCGUGGCUUCCCAAGUAUAAAAUCAAGGAUUAUGUUUUGCCUGAUGUUCUCGGCGGGCUCAGCGCGGGCACGAUCCAGGUGCCACAGGGAAUGGCCUUCGCCCUGUUGGCCAAUCUCCCUCCCGUCAACGGGCUCUACUCCUCCUUCUUCCCCUUGAUAACCUACUUCUUCCUUGGUGGCAUCCACCAGAUGGUCCCAGGUACUUUUGCCGUCAUCAGCAUCAUCGUUGGGAACGUCUGCAACGAGCUGGCUCCGGAGUCGGACUUCCAGUACUUCAACCAGAGCACCAACGAGAUCUCUGUGAACACCACCGCCCUGGAAGCAGCCAGGCUGGAGAUCUCGGCCACGCUCGCCUGCCUCACAGCCGUCAUACAGCUGUGCCUGGGCUUCGUGCAGUUCGGCUUUGUUGCUAUCUACCUCUCGGAGUCUUUCAUCAGGGGCUUCAUGACAGCAGCCGGGCUGCAGAUCCUCAUCUCCGUGCUCAAGUACGUCUUCGGCUUGACAGUCCCGUCUUACACCGGGCCCUUAGCUAUCGUCUAUACGUUCAUUGACAUUUGCAAAGGUCUCCCCAAGACCAACGUGGCCUCCCUUGUCUACGCCUUGGUCAGCGCCGUGCUCCUGAUCAUUGUUAAGGAGCUCAACCUCAAGUACAUGAAAAAGAUCCGGAUGCCCAUCCCCAUGGAGAUCAUCAUCGUCAUCGUUGCAACCGCGAUCUCUGGCAGCUUUGGCAUGCCCGACAAGUACAACAUGCCCAUAGUGGGGAAGAUCAGCAUGGGCUUCCCGGCGCCGACGCUGCCGCUCGUGGGCAAGUGGAAGGACAUGAUAGGCACGGCCUUCUCGCUCGCCAUCGUGGGCUACGUGAUCAACUUGGCCAUGGGGAGAACGCUGGCAGCCAAGCACGGCUACGACGUGGACCCCAACCAGGAGAUGCUGGCCCUGGGUUGCAGUAACUUCUUCGGAUCCUUCUUCAAAAUCCAUGUCAUCUGCUGUGCUCUCUCCGUCACUCUCGCCGUGGAUGGGGCCGGAGGGAAAUCACAAGUGGCAAGUUUCUUUGUGGCAUUGGUGGUUAUGGUGACCAUGCUGGCACUGGGGAUCUACCUCGAACCCCUUCCAAAGUCCGUGCUGGGGGCCCUCAUUGCCGUGAACCUCAAGAACUCGCUCAAGCAGCUGGCUGAUCCCUUCUACCUGUGGAGGAAGAGCAGGCUGGACUGCCUGGUGUGGCUGGUGAGCUUCCUGUCCGCCUUCUUCCUGAGCCUGCCCUACGGCGUCGCGGUGGGCGUGGGCUUCUCCGUGCUCGUCGUGGUUUUCCAUACCCAGUUCCGUAACGGCUCUGCCCUGGGCCAAGUGACUUCCACCGACAUCUACAAGAACCCCAAGGCCUACAGCAAGGUCCAUGAACUUAGCGGGAUCAAAAUUGUGACCUACUGCUCCCCGCUGUACUUCGCCAACUCGGAGAUUUUCCGGGAGAAGAUUAUAGCCAAGACCGGGGUGGAUCCCAGCAAAGUGUACUUAGCCAGGAAGAAAUUUGUGAAACGACAGAAGAAGGGGAUGGAACCAGCACCAACAAGCCUCCCCAAACUGCUCCUGAGGCAGAACAAGACCUUGUCCUUGCAAGAGCUCCAGAAGGACUUCGAAAGCGCCCCCCCAACAGACACCAACAACAACCAGACGGCCGCGAACGGCGCCAGCAUCUCCUACGUGAGCUCCAGCGAGCUGCACGGUAUCCCACCCGACCCCAUGGCCUCCGCGCCGCCCCUCGUCAGCUUCCACACCAUCAUCCUGGACAUGAGCGGCGUCUGCUUUGUGGACCUCAUGGGCACAAAGGCGCUGGGCAAGUUGUGUUCCAGUUAUCAGAAGAUUGGGAUUAAAGUCUUCCUGGCAAACGUGCAUGCCCAGGUGUACAACGACAUCAGCACAGGCGGAGUCUUUGAGGAAGGAGGCCUGGACCGAAGCCACAUCUUCCUGACUAUCCACGACGCUGUGUUGUUUGCCCUGGCAAAUAUGAAGGAUGUUGUCCACCCGCCAGUCUUGGAAGGGAGGCCGGAUCAGACCGAGCUCUCCAUCUAUGAUGAGUCUGUGGACGAAAGCAGUGUGGAGUUCAAGAACUUGGAGGAGGAGAUGUUCGGCAGCAUGUUCCACUCAGAGGCACAGACGGCUCUGUGAGCGCCGGGGGCGUCACGGCGCGGAAACCCUUCGGAUCAGAUCCCACCCCGGCCCGAAGAAGUGCCCUCCUCUCCGGAGACACAACCAGUCUGCAAAGGAAGGAGCCAUCACCUCUCCCGAACCGACGAUACCUCCCUCCCGCCUGCCUGCUCGGCUCCCGGCGCCCGGAGCGGCACCUCCGGAGCAGCAAACGGGAACCUCCAGGGUUCCAUUCCUGCUCCAUUCCGAGCAGGAGCUCGGGAAAUGCUCUUUCAUUAAUCACAAAGGAGCAGCGAGUUCAUUUGCUGGCAGAUGCCUUGAUGACUGUGAUGAUUAGUCAUUAUCGCCAGCCGAGUGCCCUCCUUUGCCUCUCUCCUGAACACAUCUGCACGCUUCAAGCCGUGCAGGCACUACCUGAUUCAGGCAUCUCCCUACCUUCUUUUUCUCCUGCCUCUUUUCCCGAUGAAAUAGGGAAAUACAGGGAGCCUUCCAUGGCUUUGAUUCGCGAGCAAAAGCCACUCUUGCAAGGUGCAAGGAGCAGCUUUGGAAGGAAAUGUUUUAUCAAGUGCACUGAUGUUCAGGGACCCCGCACACUAGGUGCAAAGCCACCCCUGCAAACCGAAGCCCACCCAUUUUGCUGCAGCCCUGCGACUCCCCGCACUGCUCCCUCCACACCCCAGAACCGCUGCCUCAGACCAGUGCCGUAUUUUCCAUCCCCUGAAGAUCUUGGUACCCUGGCUCAGGAGGGCUGCUUUCCGGGUUACUUUUUUAUUAACAUUAUUGCUGCCAGAAAUAUUUUAUAAUCAGAGCUAAGAAUUCCUUGUUGCUGCCGGUGACGUGCACGGAUGGGGCUGCCUAGUUCAGCCCCCUCGGGAGGAUUUUCGGGGUCUACCUAUCGACUGGACUGAGUGCUGGGGAAGGCGCUCGGGCUGCGGACGACAGGACAGCAGUAACUGCAGAGGCGCUCUGGCCCUCUGCCCAUUUCCUGGCCAGAACGACCAAAAGAUUCAGUUCAGAAACAGAGCAGGGCUUUGGGGAGAUCUGCUUUCUGCAAAUCAUUUUGAUCACAAAUAGGAAAUUGAGGGAGAUGGGAGAGAGCCCAUUCUGUAGCCUCUUCAGGAUGGCAAGGAUCCAGAGCAGUAAAUCUGAAAUUUCAGCAUGAUUUUUUUGCCUCCCCUGCAAGCAGGGAAUGGCCCAAGUGGUAUCCUGUGCUAUGCAGGGCCUCAGGUGAAUGGUGUCAGCAAAAGAAACCUCUUUUAUAUCGCGUGAUCUUUGCAUAACAAUUUUCUACUGCAUGUUUGAUGAUUUUCACUGAAAUUCACCACAGACUGAUGCUCCGAGGAUUGCCUCCCUCAGGCAAGCAAGCUUGACUCACUAACCCACACCCAGACAGAAGAGAUCUUAAUCAUUUCUAAAAAAAAAUGGUUUUUUAUAUAUGAGUGAUAUUAAUAACUGCUGCUAUUUUAGCUUUCUCUCCCAAUGCCUGCCCUUUUACCAACUGCUAAUGCUAUAACAAAUGUGACGACAACAUAAAGCCUGAAAGAAAUCAAGUAUAAGCCAAGGGUUAAAGGAACCCUUCUUUAGCGUAUUUCAAACUCAGACAUGGAUUUUAUGAAAGAAAAGGGUUAUUUUUAAAUUUGGACAUGCAGGUGUAUUUUCAAACGCAAUGAAAACAACUCUUUCUAUUUGAAUUUUAAAUCCUCUUCCAGCACCGGCUUGCAGUGUGA